UUGAAAUUUUUUAUAUUAAUAUCCUUCUUCAGAUGUAAAGAUGUUUAAUUCUUGCCUUAGACAAUUGAACCGGCAGCCGCUACUUGUUGCCAUACGACAUUGCAGUGCAGAAGUUGGUAGUAAUGCAUAUUUAGAAAAUUUGGUCAGUAAGAGUCCAGUUGUUGUAUUUAUGAAGGGAACGCCUGACAACCCUCGCUGUGGCUUCAGCAAUGCAGUUGUCCAGAUCAUGAGGAUGCAUGGUGUGCAGUAUGAUUCCUACAAUGUCCUUGAUGAUGAAAAAAUUAGACAAGGCAUUAAAGAAUUCUCCAAGUGGCCAACAAUUCCUCAGGUUUACCUCAAUAAGGAGUUCAUUGGAGGCUGCGACAUUCUUCUACAAAUGCACCAGAGCGGUGAACUCAUUGAGGAGCUACGAAAAAAUGGCAUUAUAUCUUCACUUCUUGAAGAAGAACUUGAGAAAGACAAGUCUAAGCCCGCAGAGAAAUAAUAAUUUGUUUGCCUUGUACAUUUUCUUGUUAUUGAAGUUGCAAUCUUCAUUCAUGUUCCUGGGAUUAAUACAUUAUUGAUUAGUGCUCAAGAAUGAGAUUUAGUAUUUCUUCAAGUAGCGACUUUGCAGAUGUUUAGUUGGACAGAGAAAUUAUUUUUCCACUACAAACUUCACAGGUCUCACUCUGUACUUUAAUUUGAGGUCUUCUUCUAUCACCGCAAGUGUUGGUUUUUGUUCACAUAACCAGGCACUGGGCUCCACUAAUCCAAACCAGAAUAGACCUUCAUUUGCUGCAACUAAACAGACGUCUUUAACGCUUUUAUUUCUAAUGAUCUUCAUUAGACACAAAUUGUCAUGUGUGAUUGGAAGAAUUUUGUAAAUAAGUUAUAUUCCGUCAAAAAAAUAGUUUUAAAACAAUUUAGUACUAAAAGAUUAGUUUCACUGGCCACGUGUUCCUUCCCCUCCCUAUCAAGUUGCUGCUUAACUUCAAAUCCUCAAACUAGUAAUUGACCCAUUAGGGAUCGUUUAUUCGGCUCUCCUGAACCAUUUUUCGAUCAAUUGACGCGUGAUUUGUAAAUGGAAAAGCGUUAGCGGAAGGGUAAAAUGUUUUACUCAAAAUACAGCCUGCUAUUAGCUAUGUCGGGUAGUUAUGCCCUGGAAUCCGUAUUAAUUUACGUAACUGCCGCACUUCUAGAUUAUAUAUUCGUUUGAAACCUUGCUGAUUUGUAAAUAUGUGGUUUCCAAUUGCGAUCUUUGUUUGGUUGCGGCUUUCGUUCAACUUCCAGCAGCGAAUUUAUGCUCAAAUGAUCAAGAAAACCUUGUUGCCUUCAUCUAUAAUUGGGAUCUUGAAUCAAGUCUAAAUCGACUGGUACGUUCGAUUUAUUUUAAUCAGAAUGUAUGUAUAAAAUUAAAGCUUUGAUAUGGUC